CAAACCGCUACCACAUUCUUAGACCGAGAAAGUGAGACUCUUGCCGUAAAGGCUUUCUACUUGCAAUAUGUCAAGUGAAUUAGAUAUGAUUACGGUCCCUAUCCUUGGCAAGGAGACCGUAAAGGUUGGUUUCGGUUUAAACGAAUAUGUCGCUACAGAAAUUCUGAAGGAAUUCCAGUCGUCAACGUAUAUUGUAAUUACGGAUUCUAACAUUGCACCUCAUCACUUGGAACCUUUUGAGCGUACGUUUAGGAAUACUAUCAAAAAGAAUGGAGCCGAAUCGAGAUUUUUGAGCUACAUCAUUCCUCCUGGGGAGUCAUCCAAGUGUCGCGCGAUGAAAGCUGAAAUUGAGGAUUGGAUGCUUUCUCAAUCUUGCACUAGAGACACAUUAUUAAUUGCUAUGGGUGGUGGUGUUAUUGGUGAUUUAGUUGGAUACGUCGCUGCGACUUUUAUGCGUGGUAUUCGUUUUGUUCAAAUGCCUACUACUCUGCUUGCAAUGGUAGACUCUUCUAUUGGCGGUAAAACUGGUAUUGAUGCCCCUCUCGGAAAGAAUUUAAUUGGCGCUUUUUGGCAACCUUUGAGAGUCUAUGUGGAUUUACUCGUUUUGCACACAUUAUCUCCUCGUCAAGUAAUCAAUGGCUUAGCAGAAAUUAUUAAAACUGCUGCCAUGUGGAAUGAGAAAGAUUUUCAGUUACUAGAAAACAAUUCUUCUAUCCUCAUGGAAGAAAUUCACAAGCCCGCUGUUUCUGGAGAGUACAAGUAUUUCAAAAUCAAAAACUUGCUUCAAAAGAUCAUUCUUUCUUCCAUCCGCACAAAAUGCGAAGUUGUAACUCUCGAUGAACGUGAGGGUGGUCUUCGUAACUUACUAAAUUUCGGCCAUAGUAUCGGACAUGCAUAUGAAGCUAUUUUGUACCCUCAGAUUCUCCAUGGUGAAUGUGUUGCAAUUGGUAUGAUUAAGGAGGUAGAACUUGCAAGACAUUUGGGUGUUUUGAAACCUAAUGCUGUUGGAAGAUUGGCUAAAUGCCUUGUCUCUUAUGGCUUGCCCGUAAGCGUUAAUGACCCUAAAAUUAAGAAAUAUGCAGGUUUUAAAGAUUGCCCCGUUGAGAAUCUCAUUUUGACCAUGGCCGUUGAUAAAAAGAAUCAAGGAUCCAAAAAGCGAGUUGUAAUUUUGAAGGCUAUUGGUGAGACUUACGAAAAGCAUGCCACUGUAGUUUCCGAUGACGAUAUCCGUUUUGUUCUAUCUUCUGACGUGAAAGUUGGUACUUUUACUGAACAUUCUCUCGACGUUGUAGUUACUCCACCUGGUUCUAAGUCUAUUUCUAAUCGUGCUCUUGUGUUGGCUGCUUUGUCACAAGGUACUUGCCGCCUUACAAAUAUGCUUCACUCUGAUGAUACUCAAUUCAUGAUGUCAGCUUUGGAAUCCCUUGGAGCAGCCAAGUUUUCAUGGGAAGAUAAUGGCGAAACUCUUGUUGUAGAAGGUAGUGGCGGUAAAAUGAGCCCUCCUAAAGAUGCUCUUUAUUUAGGUAAUGCUGGUACUGCUGCUCGUUUCCUGACUGGUGUCUCUGCACUUGUUCCAACUAAGAAUAAUGAACAUGGUGUCGUUCUUACUGGUAAUCAUCGAAUGAAAGUUCGUCCAAUUGGUCCUUUAGUCGAUGCCUUACGGAACAACGGUUGUACUGUUAAAUAUCUUGAAAAGGAAGGCUCCUUGCCUCUUUCUAUGUCUUCGGAAAGUGGCUUAAAGGGUGGUGUUAUUGAACUAGCUGCUACAGUUUCCUCUCAAUAUGUUUCUUCCAUUCUUAUGUGUGCUCCAUAUGCAUCUGAACCAGUCACACUUAAGUUAGUUGGUGGUAAACCAAUUUCGCAACUGUAUAUUGACAUGACUAUUGCCAUGAUGGCUUCUUUUGGUAUCAAUGUCCAGAAAUCUUCUACUGAAGAGAACACUUACCAUAUUCCUCAAGCGAAUUACCAGAGUCCUUCUAACUACGAAAUUGAAAGUGACGCCAGCUCUGCUACCUAUCCUCUGGCCAUUGCUGCUCUUACCGGCACUAAGUGUACUAUUCCCAAUAUUGGUAGUUCUUCAUUGCAAGGUGAUUCUCGUUUUGCUAGAGAUGUGCUUAAGCCUAUGGGUUGCUUGGUUGAACAAACAGCAACUAGUACAACCGUUCAAGGUCCUCCUAAGGGUAAAUUGAAGCCACUUGAAAGUGUUGAUAUGGAAACCAUGACUGACGCCUUUUUGACCGCUUCCGUCGUAGCCGCAGUAGCUUCGAAUGCCGAGGGUGAUGCCAUUACUCGUAUUACCGGUAUUGGCAACCAAAGAGUCAAAGAAUGUAAUCGUAUUGCCGCAAUGGUUCAUGAACUGUCGAAAUUUGGUGUGCGCGCCGGUGAGUUAGAAGAUGGUAUCUACAUUUUUGGCAAAGAUUAUAAGACAUUAAAUUCUCCUGAAGGUGGUGUUUAUACUUAUGACGACCAUCGAGUUGCCAUGGCCUUUAGCUUAUUAGCUAUUCUUGCACCUUCGCCUACCGUUGUUAUUGAUAAAGCUUGUGUUGAGAAAACCUGGCCUUCUUGGUGGGAUGCUUUACGCAAUUCUUUUAGAGUUUCAUUGCAUGGUUCUACCAUCGGUAAUGAACAACAGGGUGCUGUGAUUAAUAAAAAUGCUUCUAUCAUAUUGAUUGGUAUGCGUGGAGCCGGUAAAACUACGAUUGGCAAGAUCAUUUCGAAACAGCUUGAUAUGGAAUUUGUCGACUUGGAUGAAUUGUUAGAGGAUCAUUUGGCUAUGCCUAUCACGGAAGUUGUAUUCAAGUUGGGAUGGGAUGCUUUUCGUCAUGAAGAGCACAAAUUGCUUCGUGAAUUCAUUCGAGAACGUCCUCAUGGUUUUGUUGCCGCAAGUGGUGGUGGUGUUAUUGAAAUGAGCGAGUCACGCAAGUUACUUGAAAAUUAUGUAAAAGACGGGGGCAUUGUUUUACAUGUUCAUAGAAAUCUUGAUCACAUUGUUUCCUAUCUUUCAAAAGAUAUCACCCGUCCUGCUUACAAAGAUCAAGAAAACAUUCGUGAUGUUUACGGUCGGCGCCAUCAAUGGUACCGUCAAUGCCGCUCACACUAUUUUAUCAGUCCAGUUUUAGACGAGAGAGUUGUAGAGGAAAAAAUCGAAUCCUCGAUGUCCAGAUUUUUGGAAGUUAUUACUGGUAAAACACGAUCCUUGCAGCAGCUUACGGAAAAGAAUCGUUCUACAUUUUUGACUUUGAACUUCCCUAAUGUUGAACAAGCUCUUCCUUUGUUAAAUGAGGUGAGUCUGGGUUGUGAUGCCAUUGAAAUUCGGGUUGAUCACUUGAAGGAUCCUAAGGCUAAGAAUGGAGUUCCCACCCUUGACUUUGUCGCAGAACAGGUUGCUUUGCUUCGGUGCCACACUCGUUUGCCCAUUAUCUUUACUGUUCGCACAAAGAAACAGGGUGGUUUGUUCCCUGAUGAUAAGGAAUCAGAAGCCCUUGAAUUAGUUCUAUCAGCUAUUCGUUACGGUAUCAAUUUUGUUGAUGUCGAAUUAGGCUGGAGCAUCGAAUCUAUAACCAAGAUUUAUGAAAGCAAGAGAAACACUAAGCUACUUAUGUCUUGGCACGACGUUUCUGGUACUUGGUCUUGGGCUAGACCUCAUGAAUGGAUGCAAAAAAUUGAAUUGGCAUCUUCGUUUGCUGAUAUUAUUAAGCUUGUUGGUACCGCCAAAACCUUCAACGAUAAUUUAGAGCUUGAGAAUUUCCGUAAUUCUGUAACUCGUACUAUGAAGAUUCCCUUGAUUGCGAUUAAUAUGGGAAGCAAAGGACAGCUUUCCAGAAUUUUUAACAAGUUUUUAACUCCUGUUACCCAUCCUGACUUGCCAUCUAAAGCUGCUCCAGGUCAGUUGAGUGUAAAGCAAUUGCAUGAGGCUUUGGCUUUGAUUGGCGAAAUUGUUCCUCAAAAGUUCUACGUGUUCGGGAAACCAAUUUCACAUUCACGUUCACCUGUCCUUCACAAUACUGCAUAUGGUUUGUUGGGUCUUCCUCAUACUUAUCAAGCUUACGAAACAAACUCUGUUGAGGAAGUGGAAAGUGUACUUCACAGCCCUGAUUUUGGUGGAGCAAAUGUCACUAUCCCUUAUAAACUGCCCAUCAUGCGAUAUAUGGACGAAUUGAGCCACGAGGCUAGAUUCUUUGGCGCUGUCAACACAAUCAUUCCUACCGUGAAGGAUGGGAAGCUGUGUCUUCGGGGAGACAACACCGACUGGCGUGGUAUCUAUGAUACUUUUACUGCUGCCCUGGAUGGAAUGUCUUUGGUUGGAUCCAGUGCUUUAGUAAUUGGAGCAGGUGGCACAAGUCGGGCUGCUGUUUACACAUUGCAUCAUUUGGGUGUUUCGGAUAUUUAUCUUGUGAACCGCACGGUAACCAACUCAUACGCGGUUCAGAACGUAUUCCCUCCUGAAUACAAUAUUAAGGUACUGGAUGCCGAUAAGGUAACGCCUGAAGAAAUAAAGGGUGUCUCCAUUGCUUCGGCCAUUUCUACAGUUCCUGCUGAUAUUGCACUUCCCGAAGGAGUGGAUCGUUUGGUGAAGACGUUGAUUGCCACUGGCGAUAAGCAAUCUAUAUUUUUGGAUAUGGCCUACAAGCCAUUGCACACUCCUUUGAUGGCAGUUGCUUCUGAGCAUGGAUGGCGUUGUUCCAGUGGUCUAGAGGUAUUGGUACGUCAAGGACUUGCGUCUUUCCAAAUGUGGACCGGCUUGAAUGCUCCUUUUAUUCCAGUAUAUAAGAAAGUUAUUGAGUAAAUAGACAAAUUGCCGUACAUCGAAUAAAACAGUUUUGGAAUCUACAACAAAAUUUGAAAGAAUGUAGGAUACUUUGUGUUGGUAUUUUAAUAUAGUGGAUCUAUUCAUUAGAACAAUUCACACAGAAAGCAGUCGCUGAAAAACGGAUUUACAACUUGUUACGAGCUACGACUCAAGAUGAAUAAAAUGCAAAAAAUGUAGGUAUAUAUUAAUUGUUUUGAAUAAAUUAUUACCGGAUUAGAAUCGGAAAUCUUUCAUCAUUGCAUUCAUGCUUCUUACCGGC